AUGGGCCUUGCCGAGGGGAAAUAUGUUUUUGAUGAUCCACAUUGUGUUAUGGCGGCAUUUGAAUCAAUAAAAAUUCAGAUCGUCCAUACCUGUACUGCUACAGCGAAUGGGCGAGAAGAACGCAUGAAAGCUGCUAAGAAUAUUAAAGAAAACUUGAAGUUACUGCAUGAAAAGCAUUUACAGAGGGAAAAGCCAAAUCCAUAUCAUCGACGUUUAUUUCCGUUACUCUCUCGAUUCGGAUUUCACGAAAUCAUUUCUGAGUGGUCUGAUUCUGGCAUUUUGACCAGAGAGAAAGAGGAGAUAGUUGGGCCGGCUGAAGUCGGCUAUCUGAGCAAUGCGGCUCCAUUUCGUCUCGCCAAGUUGGAUGUUCAAGGUCGACAACGUUUUCUUGAACAGAAAUCUUCUCAGUCUGUGAACAAUAAGACGACGCAGGAAGAAUUACCUGGGCUAAAUGGUGAGCAUCCUCCACUUGUUACUGGGAUGUAUCUCCCCGGAACUCAUUUCCCACCUGGUGAGCCCGUCUCGCCUUUUUUGCAAUCGGGGGAUAACCGAGGUUUUUAUUCUGCUUCUUCGGAGUCAAAUUUGACUGCUCCAGAAGACCUGUUGGAUAUAUCGGCGUUUUCAUCGGAAGAUUUUGUUCGCCUAGCAGAGGAAAUGUCUGGGAACAUUACCUGGGACGCGUCACUGAUGCCAUAUUGA